AUGCAGGAAGUAAAGCAUGCUGAAAGAAUAUGCGGUCAUCCAGUGCUGUUAGUUGCAGCUGCUGACAGUUCUGAAGGGCUGCCUCCGACUAUUAGGCGUUGUUUCAGCCAUGAAGUUAGCAUGGGACCUUUGACUGAAGAACAAAGGAUUAAAAUGCUUUCCCAGUCUCUUCAACGUGUUUCUGACAUACUUCCAGAUACAUCUACAGAGGAUCUUGUAAAAGAGUUAGUUGGACAGACAUCUGGUUUCAUGCCUAGGGAUAUGCGUGCUUUAAUUGCUGAUGCUGGUACAAAUUUAAUUCCAAGGCGAAAUAUUCUGCCUGGCAAUGUUGAGUCUGGAAAUUUUGAUGGCAAGAGAACUCUUGGGUCCAAUCAUUGUAAAAAUUAUGUUUUGGGCAUGUAA